AUGCGAGAGGCGGAGCAGGGCACAGGCAGCGUUAUCCUUUACGGUUGCUGUUCUGGUCUUGAAGCUGAGAAGAGAGGCGGUGGUGAUGCUGGUGGAGGCUAUGGAUCUGGCAGUGGUGGAAGCUAUGGAAUUGGCGAUGGUAGUGGCUAUGCAGGUGCUACUAGCGGGGGCUAUGGAGGUAGUGGUGGCGGCGGGGGUUAUAGAGGCAGUGGUGGCGGUGGUGGAGAUUAUGGAGGAAGUGGUGGUGGUGGUGGUGGAGGUUAUGGGAGUGGCGGUGGGGGUGGAAAUUAUGGCUUUCACAGGAUGGUGGUGGAGGUUGCAGCGAUUCAAAAUCCUCUCAAGAAUAGAUGA